CUCUUUGCGAAAACAAAUUCAGCAUCAACGAUACCUGGAAGGCUGCUCCUAAAAAAUUAGACUUGGUAAUUGUUGUACAUGAAGUACCAGAAAUGAAAAUGUACAAAAUGUACAUAGAAAAAUUAUUCAGAAGCUUGGAAAUGUACAUUUCCAAAUAUUACCAUAUUAAAGUACGUUUCGGUCUAAUUGGCUUUGGUGGCGAUUGUAUUCAUUCUGAUGCUCACUUCCAUACCUUAAAUGGACAACUGAAAGGCCGAUAUAUUGAUUUAAGUAGUGGCUUACAACACUUAAACUUUACUAAGCGCACUAAUGAUGAUGUCGUUAGCGCAGUCAAAUUUGCUAUGCAAUUUCCAUUCGAGUCGGAUUAUAAAUCAAUACUAGUAUUGACUGAUGCCGAACCUGCACAGUCUGCUGAUAUGACUGCUAUGGCUAAAGAAUUAUUCUACAAGGGAGUUUUCUUGAAUGUAAUCAAACGCCCUCGCCAAUCAAUGGAACCCAGUAUGGUGAACGAAGGAACAAGGGCUGAUAAUCUAGAUAUGUUCUUAACCGAUGCUCAUAGUAAUAUCGUUAAACGCGGCUAUGUAUGGAAUGCUGACUUCAUGACUUCACAAUUUGCAACAUUCUAUAAGUCAUUCUUAAAAUAUUUCGGCUUUGAACUUAAGCAAUUACAAAAGAGUUGCUUUAAUUGUCAGUGCCAAGUUGGCCCGGCACAAUUAGGUCGAACAUCGUGUCAGUUAUGCUAAGUAGUGACCAGGUGUCAUGAUAAAUGGCAGCAAAAAUUGAUAAAGUCUCCAUGGCAAUAUCUUAAAAUAUCAUAAAUGAAUUAAAAUUGAUUUUUUAUUCGUUUUAUGAAUAAUUAGUUAACACAUUAACGAAUAAAUCAACCAUGCUGAAUAAUUUAAUUUAUCUCUGCCACUUUUAUUACAACUAAUACGUAAUGAUUUGAUUAUUCUUCUAAAUCUUGUGUCGGAGAUGAAUAUUUUUCCAUGCAAUAAUGACAUUUAUUAUUAAUAAAUAAAUCUGGCAUUAAU